AUGAAAGCAUUGAAUAUGAAGCCCUAUUAUCCUCCAAAUCAAGAAGAAAGAAACAAUUGUGGAAUUCAAAACACAGAACAAAUGUAUACUUUUCCACCGAAGCAUGACGCAAGCACUGAUUCCUUUCAUGAUCAUUUAAACAGCAGCGACGAUGGUGGAGACUCUCAUACGUCGUCGGUCGAUAGUGUGAGUUCAUCUUCACCUCCAAUUAGUACUUGCAAUGAGUAUUGCAAAUGUUCCUUAAUGGAUGGCAUGUUUAGUCCUCCCAAAAAUAAAUUAAAGAAAACUGCAAAUCAUAUAUUCAAAGGAAAUAUAGCAGCAGUUACAACCUCCAUGGACACACAGAAGCGAGAGAUAAAGUUCUUUGACAUUAAGAAGAAGGUACGAAAGAAGGUGAGAAGAGUCGAUCAAUUGAUGCCGUACGAAACAAUUCUUCGCUUUGAAACAGUGCCAGUGGACUCUAGAACAAACAUGAAUACUUCCAAGAGUAAUCUUACCAACAACAAUGUUCCUCUUGCCCCAAUGAUCCAUGAGAGCUCUCCACCCGAAACGACAAAGACCAGUCGAAGGCCACCGAGAUAUUCCAUCUCAAUACAAGAGUUAUUGAAUUAA